AUGCGUAGUCGCUGGGUUGAUUCGCUCAAGCGCGGCAUCUCUGCGUCUCCCCGACUAGAUGAGCCUUCUCCACAGCGUUCUAAUGCCACAUCUGCACCAACACCAACUUCUAGAAUGUCUUCUGUAUCGGCUCCAAGCCUCAAUGGCACAGAAAAUUCCGCCUUUCGUCACAACACUGACCGCUGUGACUGUGUCGGCACUUGCACUGUUGCACGCGUGCUAGAGAAUUGUGUGCUGCAAGGUGGUAUACACCACACUCAUAUGCAUGUGCUGACGUACUUGGGACGGCCUUUGCGGUCGGAAUGCUGCUGCUACCCUGUGGCUAUCCAGUGGUUUCGAGCUGUAGGUGAUCAGGACAACUUUCAGGUCAUUCCUGGAGCUUGCGACGAGUGGUACACACCUACGGCUGAUGAUAUUGGCGCUAGGAUACUUGUCAAAGUCAUGAUUGAAGACGAAGACGAACUGAAAACUAAGAUGCUAGAGUACGGACCAAUUAAAGAAGACCCUGAGGUUCGCAGUAAAGUCGAGAUGUAUCUAGAGCGUAAGUCGGUAUUAUUUAUGGGAAUUCAAAGCAUCUCGAUGCAAGACGGCAGUGAAUAUGUUAACGAGGAGGAAAUGAGAGAAAGCUGGACACUAUUAAUUGACGAUCGAAGAGUACGAUUAACGUGUGAAUCAUCGCUCAUUCCGCCCUUCGAAAGCUUAUAUACGUCAGAUGUACAGCUCGAAAUGGUACGCGGUACUCCAAAUGAGUUUUAUCUUCAUUUGGCUGCAGGCUGCUAUGUUCGACUACGAGCCGAGUCUAAUACGGUGCGGGAUAUUAUCGUUCUUACUUUACGUGCAUUCUGCAAGAUGGCAGUGGCAGAUGAAACAACACACGACGCGUUGGCUCGAGGCUUGUCGCCAAUGCUCACGCUACGAAAGAUUGCGCAAGAGGACGAAACAAAAAAGCAGCGACAGACGCAGGAACUUGCUCCACCAGACUACGAAUUGCCAUGGAAUCGAAGGACGAGUCAGGCUUUCAGCUCAAACCCACCGGAAUCGACCGCCACCAGUACAGUCGUUGAAGAGCUUGAUGAGUCGCCUAGCUCAAGCCGGCGACCGAGUGAAGCAAGUAGCAUUGGGAAUGAUACUUGGCAUCCAGUUGAAGGUAUCGAUGACUCUCUACUCAUGGAUGCUGAGGCUCUGAUUGGCAAUGCUCACAAGAUGGGAAUCCAGUAUCAGAUGUUACCUCGCGCUUCAAAACGUAUCUCAAUUCUCGAUAUCCCUGACUUGCACAUUAUUGAAGCCAUGGAACAUCUCAGCGAACGAAUGUUUCCGGUAAGUUCAAAUUGUAAGGAGGAAGACAAGAUACGACAGCGAGUGCUGCGUCGUCGAGGAAGCACUGGCGACUCGAGUGAUAGUGAGUUAGAGAGUCGUUUAGGUAGUGGCAGCAACGCCGGCGGAAGCGUUGUUGCAGAAAUGCCAGAAAUGAUAGAUGCAAGUUGUAUAGAUAGAGCGAUUGAAGAAUUUAUGGCAAGUGACAACAAGGACCGAAUGGACGUGAAGACACUAAAGGAACGCUACGUUGCGAUCUUUUGUGCACUGCAGCGCGAGCUGAAUAUGUACAAGCAGCGAGUUGAGACUUUACUCAAGCAGCAAGAGGAGAAAGACGAGGUUAUUAUAAGUCUGCGGAACGACAUUGAGGCCUUACGCAGCGCUCUGACAUCUAUGCAACUUGCUGAUAAGGUGUACGACUUGGUCUCAACAGACUUGCAACAACUUGUCAAGCGUACUGCUGUUGACGCAACAGUUGUCCCUACCAUUUCGUACGGAUAA